AUGGCUAGUACAACAAGGGACUCUUUGCGGCAGUUUAGUGGAACCUGUCACAACUGUGGGCAAGCAGGUCACGUCAGGAAGGAUUGCCCACAAUGUGGGCAGACUAGUGGCCCUACCCAGAGGAGUGGAGUGACAUGUUUCCAUUGUGGGCAGGCAGGGCACUAUAGGAGUAAGUGCCCUCUUCUUACUGUUGGUGGUACUACUGGAAAGGAGACUAGGGCCCAACAGGGGCAAGGUAGUAGAGGACAGGGUCAGACACAGAGUGGUGUUGCCUCGUCUGCAGCAAGUUCAUCAUCAAGCAGUGGAGUGCAGUCCACUGUUCGGGGCAGAAGUGGUAGGGGUCAGAGGGGUCAGUCUGGGCGUGCUACUAUUCAGGCUCACAUUUUCUCGAUGACUCAGCAGGAGGCCCAGGCCACACCCGAUGUUAUCACUGGCCACACAUUUUUCAUUGCACAUAGUUUCUUACCAUAUGCCAGUGUUAAACCGACACCCAUGGCAAGAAGUUUUAGUAUCUCUUUGCCUACGGGCGAUGUUCUGUUUGCGGACAUGGUUUUCAGGGGUUGUUAUGUCCAAGUGGGUGAUGCAAUGUUGGAAGCCGAUUUGAUUCCCUUGGACUUGGUUGACCUUGACAUAAUUUUGGGAAUGGAUUGGUUGGAGAGACACCGGGCAUCGGUGGAUUGUUUUCGAAAAGAGGUCGUACUUAGAAGUCCGGGACAACCUGAAGUAGUAUUCCGUGGAAAGCGUAGAGUUCUCCAAUCUUGUGUCAUCUCCGCCAUAAGGGCAAAAAGAUUACUCAAGAAAGGAUGUGUAGGUUACUUAGCCCACAUCAUUGAUACUCAAGGGGUCACUCUGAAUUUGGAAGAUGUUCCUGUUGUUUGUGAAUUUCCAGAUGUCUUCCCGGAUGAUCUUCCUGGUUUGCCUCCUCAGAGAGAAACCGAGUUCACUAUUGAACUCCUUCCAGGAACGAAUCCAAUUCAUCAACCUCCUUACAGAAAGGCACCAGCAGAGUUGCAUGAGUUGAAGAUUCAAUUGCAGGAAUUGGUUGAUCUUGGGUUCAUUCGACCUAGUGUUUCCCCCUGGGGUGCACCAGUGUUGUUUGUUAAGAAGAAGGAUGGGACCAUGAGGCUUUGUAUCGACUACAGGCAAUUGAACAAGGUGACAGUGCGUAAUCGAUAUCCUUUGCCUCGAAUCGAUGACUUGUUCGAUCAGUUGAAGGGUGCCAAGUAUUUUUCCAAGAUUGACCUGAGAUCUGGAUAUCAUCAACUCAGAGUACGAGAGGAGGAUAUUCCGAAGACAGCAUUCAGGACUCAUUACGGCCAUUAUGAGUUCUUGGUGAUGCCUUUCGGGUUGACGAAUGCUCCAGCAGUGUUUAUGGAUCUCAUGAACAGAGUGUUCCGACCUUAUUUGGAUCGCUUUGUGAUUGUGUUCAUAGACGACAUCCUUACUUUGAGAAGGAAGCAGCUUUAUGCCAAGUUCAGUAAGUGUCAGUUUUGGUUGGAUAGAGUGGUCUUCCUUGGACAUGUGAUAUCAGCAGAAGGAAUCUAUGUGGACCCUCGUAAAGUAGAAGCUGUUAUGAAUUGGGUGCAACCCACAAGUGUAACAAAAGUACGAAGUUUUCUGGGGUUAGCAGGUUACUAUCGUCGAUUUGUGGAAAGGUUCUCUUCGAUAGCAGCACCUCUUACCCGGUUGACGAGGAAAGAUGUUAAGUUUGAGUGGACGGAGGAGUGUGAACAUAGUUUUCAGGAGCUGAAGAAGCGGUUAAUCACCGCACCCGUUUUGGCUCUUCCGGAUAACUCGGGGAACUUUGUGAUCUACAGUGACGCAUCUUUACAAGGCUUGGGAUGUGUUCUAAUGCAACAUGAUCGGGUGAUUGCUUAUGCCUCGAGGCAACUCAAGAAGCAUGAGCAGAAUUAUCCUGUCUACCCCCUGUAA